AUGCCGACAUCAAGCACUCGUCGCAACGCCAACCGCGCGCGGUGCCGCAUGCCCGACUGCGGCAAGUUCGCGCAGACCCGCGGACUGUGCAAGGCGCACGGCGGAGGCUCCCGCUGUCGCGACCCGAGCUGCCAGAAGCUGGCUCAGAGCCGCGGCCUCUGCAUCGCACAUGGCGGCGGCCGCCGAUGCGCCUUCGACGGCUGCUCCAAGCUGGCCCAGUCCAAGAGGUUCUGCAUCUCGCACGGCGGAGGCCGCCGCUGCCACGUUGCCAAGUGCGACAAGUUCGCGCAGGUCAGGGGCCACUGCAAGUCUCACUCCAAGCUGCUGUCGUCGAGCGACGAAGCUUCGUGGUCUCCGUCCUCCUCCUUCUCGACCCAGUCGAGCCCCACCAGCUCCAGCCUGUCGCCCUCCAAGUCCAAGCUCUCCAUUGACUUCCUCGUGAACCCGAGCAGCUCCAUGACUUCAGACCACAAGCAGACAGCGUUGCCCAGUCUUCGCAUGGCGGGCUCGACGCUGCCGCACCAGCGCCCGCUGCUCUCGUACCUCGACCCCAUGAAGACGCUCGCAUCCACGGCGUCGGCGCUCUGCGAACGCCCCACGAUGGCGAUGUCAGCCCACUACCCUUCGUUUGUGAUGUACAGGUGA